GCUUAAAAACUACAAUCCCAUAAUGCAGUUCGAGGAAUCUUUCACCUCCACUACGUUCUGCACCCCUUUAUGCUUUGACAUCAGCUGUUCUGCCUCCAGAUCAGUGGAAUCCUGCUGGAAGAGACAGAAAAGCCCGGAUCCGUCGCAUAAUGUUGCUUUUAAUUAUCAUAGCGGGCCUCGGAGCGCUGACGUUACUUGUUAUUUCAUUUUCAUCACAUAUAAGAAAAUACGCAGCUGGGGGAGUGUGUACAUCUACAGCUCGUCUGGACGGGAAGACAGUCCUCAUCACUGGAGCCAACACGGGAAUUGGGAAAGAGACUGCCCUGGAUCUGGCAGUGCGAGGUGCCCGUGUUAUCAUGGCAUGCAGAGAUGUAGAAAAGGGUGAAGAGGCUGCGGCGAGUAUCCGAGCUGCGUAUUCCAAAGCAGAUGUAGAAGUUCGAGAGUUGGAUUUGGCAGAUACCUGUUCAAUACGAGCCUUUGCACAGAAAUUCCUCAGAGAGGUCAACCAUCUUCAUAUCCUUAUCAACAAUGCAGGCGUGAUGAUGUGCCCCUACACGAAAACCGUCGAUGGCUUUGAAAUGCACAUUGGAGUCAAUCACUUGGGUCACUUCCUGUUGACCUCCCUCUUGAUUGGUCUGCUGAAGCGCAGCGCUCCGGCUCGGAUUGUGGUCGUCUCAUCUCUGGCACACAAUUUCGGCUGGAUCCGUUUCCAUGACCUUCACAGCCAGGGCAGCUACAACAGCGGGUUGGCAUACUGUCAAAGCAAACUGGCAAAUGUGCUUUUUACCAGAGAGUUGGCCCGUAGACUGAAAGACUCCAAUGUGACCGUGAACUCGGUGCAUCCUGGGACGGUGAACUCUGACCUCACCAGACACUCAAUCAUGACGAUAUUUUUCACCGUCUUUGCAAUGUUCCAAACGCCACGGGAAGGAGCGCAGACGAGCAUCUACUGUGCAGUAGCUGAGGAGCUGCACUCAAUCUCUGGGAAACAUUUCAGCGACUGCACCCCCGCCUUCGUGGCCCCACAGGGGAGGAGCGAGGAGACAGCGAGGAGGCUGUGGGACGCCAGCUGUGAACUCCUCGGUAUCGAGUGGGACUGAUUACAGCUUUCACGCCAUCUAUCUACAGUUCUCAAAGAGUGUCUAUCCUUCUGUUAUCAUUCAUUUCAUUACGUUAUGUUCUGUAUUUUGGGCCUUUCCAACCUAAUACGAGCUCUGCAGUCAGGUUAAUAAGUCG